UUUCAAUUUUCAAUGAGAAAUUAAAUAAUAAUACAAAUUUUUAACUUUUCUGAACAACUUAACAGUAAUUUAAGCUACGAGACAUCUGAGAAAAUGAACGAGUUCUCAAUACAUGAUAUACCGGAGUUUUCUAAAAAGGAGCGCAUUGUUGUUGUUGGUAUUAUUGGAAAAUCUCCUUACCGGUAUCAUAACAAAACAACACCACUUUUGCCGACAACUAAAUGUGAAGAGAAUGGAAUUCAGUGCUUUUGGGAUGAACGAAAGAGUGUUCUAUACCUUCACGCCAUAACAUAUUUAGACACGAAACGCCUGGCAACACUUGCUGCUGAUCUUGAUGAGGAUUCCAAAUGCUCGGUAAAGGAUGCUGAUGCUGCACAUUGGCUAGUGGCAGCAGGAGAGCUGGCGAUAGAGUCCUGCAGGGCUAUGACAUUAAUAUUUCAUCUUUGUCAUAUCAUUAUCCUGUCUCUACCUACACCAGUAUUUGAUCUUGGAUAUCUGCAACUGUUUGAAGCUAUUGAUGGUUAUAGAAAUGAGUUACAUCUGCAAACUAAAGCUGCUCUAUCCGAAGCUGAAGUUGGUAGCACAUGGGAGAAUCAUGGCAGACCCUGCUGCCCUCGCCUGCUGUUCCAUUUCCGUAGAGCUCCAACACCGUUACGGAAAGCCCCAGCAGCAUUAAAAAGACUUGAACAUGCUGUUGAAGAUCAAUUAUAUUUUAUGUUAAGGAAAACUAGGAUUAUUACUAAUGUUUGUGCAAAAUCUGUCUUCGCUAUACCCAAGAAUGAAGAAUUUGUAUACAUAAAUACGGAGGAAGAGACAGGAUCAGCUCGUGAUGUGAGUUCUUUAGUCCGAGGACUGGUUCAGAUGUGUAAUGGUACAGAACCGGAUCCUCCAAGUGAUAGACCUAGCUUCCGGCAGUUUCUACAAGGACAUAUUGAUCUGGCGUUUGGAGAGGGCUUUGAUGAUAAUGUCGGAAAAUAUGCUAUGAGUACUUCAUUUUUUGAGUUGCCGAGUGCCUCCUCAUGGCGUAGAGCAGCGCAAGUACUGACGCCCAUAUACCUCCAGACGGACAAAUCUGAUGAUGAGAAGGAAUCCGGAGGAGUUCUGUUUGAUACAUUGGCUACUGACGUGCGAUUCUCACAGGCUAGGUGUGCGAAGGUACUACCGAUAGCGCAAGCGUCGUACACAGAAGGUCUACCGCCGUACUAUUCCAGUCAGCAACACGCUCAUAAGGUGUCGGUAGCUUUAGGCGAGCUGGAGGCGAUGGCGCGCGGGCCGCUGAUGGAGCCGGAGCAAACGGAGCAAGCGAACGCGUGGCGCGCGUCCCGCGGCCGCGGCAAGGCCACGCCGCAGCAUCAUCUUACUGUUAAAAUAUUCAUAGGAUUUGAAUACGAAUGUACACGAGGACACAGGUUCAUGAUGUCGAGCCCCGAGGGUCCGCCGAGCAGCGUGUCGAGCGGCAGCUGGGCGCGCGAGGCGGCGGCGGGGGCGCGGCUGGCGCACGCCGCGCUGCCGCUGCAGACUGCCUGCUUGUGCCGCGCGGCGCCGCGCGCGCAUCUCGCGCGAGUGCACGUCGUUACACCCAAGUCUAAUGUACACGUCACACUCAACCCCAAGGUGCAGCCGAUCCCCGGGGGAGCGGUGUUCGUGGCGCAGCCGGUGCAGGAGCCCCCGUUCAAGCUAAGCUCUGGGUUCGUUCCCAAAGGAUUUGAGGAAUCAGGGGUUCAGGGGGGGGGCAUGGGUCACAUCUCUAUACUUGAAAUUAUGGGAAAAAAAGUGUAA